AUGAAAUAUUAUUAUAUUUUAAUUGUUUUUUUAUAUUUAAUAUUUUCAAUAAAUAUUAGUUUUUCAAUUGAUGUUAUAAGUAGUCAAGUACAAUGUUUAAAUAAUAUUGCAAUAAAUACUGGUGAUGUUACUUUAAAUCCAACAAAUGGUGCUGAACUUAAAACAAUAUUUUGUGGUUUAGGUUCUAAUUUAUGUCAUGAUAAUGGUUCAGUUUCACAAAUAUCAAUCACUCAAGUUACUCAAUAUUCAUUAUCAAGUGCUGAUAUCCUCUGUUUUCCAAAUUUAGUAUAUUUUAAAGGAAAAAAAUUGACAAGUAUUAGUCCAAGUUUUUUUAUAACUUUUAAUCCUUCAAUUACAGAUAUGGAUAUUUAUGCAUCAAAUUUAGUUCAAUUGGAUUUCCCAAUUAACCCAUUGCGUCAAUUAUUAUUUGGUGGAGUAUCAUUAAUAAAAAUGACAUCAUUAAAUAAUGUUAAAAGUUUUGGUGCAUAUGAUGAUUCAGACAUUACAAUUGAUACUAGUGGUGAUACAAGUAAUAGUGUUUUAUGGAAUUUUGGUUGUUAUACUAAUAAUAUACCGAAUUUUUCAGUUGGAUUACCAUUAUUAACAUCACUUAGUUUUGGAAUUGGUAGUGCAUUUGUUGAAUCAUCAUUGGAUAAUGUUAUAUCAUAUGAUGGUAAAAUAAAAUCAUUAGCAUUUUCUGGUGCUGGAAAAGAGAUUCCAUUUCCAAUGAAAUUAUCAGAAUUACAAAAUUGUAAAAUUACUACUUUAAAUUUCCAAUAUGGUGUUAAUCUUAAAACAAGUAAUUAUAUUGAUUUAAGCAAUAUUCCAUUUUUAAAUACAUUUUACAUUUUAGAAGCAGGUCCAAACUUUAAUAUUAAUGGUAAUUUCCCAUUUAAAGCAUUACCAACUACUGUAACUGAUUUGGAAAUUAAUAAUGGUAAUAUUCCAAAUUUUCCAGAUUUAAAUAUUUUUAAUAGUACAAGUUAUGUAAUGUUACAAAAUCUAAAAAUGACAGGGUCAUUACCAGUAAAUCCAUUAAAAAAUACAAAUACUAUAAAUUUAAGUCAAAAUUUGAUAAAUGGUACAAUUGAUGAUUCAUGGUGUAAUAUAUUUUUAACAAUAAAUAACAAUCAAUUAACUGGUUCAAUACCAGAUUGUAAUUAUUGUUAUUUAAAAGAUUCAUCAGUAUAUCUUAGAUUUGCAGGUAAUAAUUUUAAUAAUUAUUUACCAGGUACUGCAACAUGUGAUCAUUCAAAAAUUAUUGCAAGUUUUGAUAAAAAUUCAAAAGGUUUGAUUUUACAUGGUAAAAACUUGGGAACAUUACCAACAAAUAUUAAAUCAAAACCAAGUUGUACAUUUACAUAUGAUUGGAAAACAUUAAAUUAUACAGCAUCAUGUAAUGAUGAUCCAGAUAAAGUCGAACUUUAUUUUGUUCCACCAAAUGUUAAUUUUACACUUUCAACUGGUAAACUUGCACCAAUUAUUACUAGUAUGGUUCAAGAUAAUGAUACAUUUACAAUUGAAGGUUCCUAUUUAUCAUAUAUUGGUUCAGAGGUUAAAGUAACCAUUGGUGAUACUCCAAUUCAAUGCAUGGUAAUUGACGAUGAUCCAAUGAAUACAAGUUUUUAUCAAGCAAAAUGUAAAAUUAAUUAUCCAAUUGUAGAAUAUGGUGAAAAAUUAGUAUCGGUUUCAGUUUAUAAUAAAGUUGGUACUAUUAAAAUUAAUUUAAAACAUACACCAGUACCAUGUCCAAUUGAAGAUUGUAAUGGAAAUGGUAUUUGUAAUGAUCAUAUUGGUGUUUGUGAAUGUAAUGAAAAAUGGGCAACUGUUGGAUCAAGUAUUUGUACUGUUGCAAAUCAUUAUGUUUCAUCCUAUGUACCAUUGGUUGAUGAUGAAACUGUAAUUUCAUUUUAUGGUUGGUUUGGUUUGUCUUAUAAUAACCUUUCAAUUACUAUUGGUGAACAAAAUUGUGGUAAUAAUAUUUUUAUAAAUCAAACUUUUUUCAAUUGUACAUUAUUACCAUCUUCAUCACCAUCAUUGUUGGAUAAAGCAUUCACUCAACAAUUAUUAAAUGUUACACAAAAUGGAAUUUCAUGGUCCUCUUUAAUCUAUCCCUAUGUAAAUCCAAUUUUAUCAUGUCCAAAUAAUUGUGGUAAUAAUGCAACCAAUGGUCGAUGUGAUACAAAAACUGGAAAUUGUUGGUGUAAUACUGGAUUUACAGGUUUAGAUUGUUCACCAAUACCAUCAACAAAAUCAGAUAUACCAACUUCAAAUACAAAUGUCGAUAAUGUUGGUGUAGUUGGAAUUUCAAAUGAACAAAGUCAAUUUUCAAUUUCAAUUGAUUCCAUUUUAGAGAUUGAUUUUUAUGGUAAUCCAGUAGCAGGUAAAUCAAAAAUACUUUCAAAAAAUUGGAUUUUAUCACAAUCUAAAGAUAAUCAAGGUAUUACAAUUUUCAAACAAACAUUUGAUACAGCAAUAAUGGAAUUAAAAAUUCAAGAGGUUCAACAAACUACAUUAUUCACCUUUGCAAAUAAUCAAUUUACAGUUCAAUCUGGUGGUAUUAAAAUUUCAAUGUCCAUUUCAAAUUGGAAUUUUACAAAUACUUUAAACACAUUGGAUAUUAAAUUAUCAUCAAACUCAACCAUUAAUCCAAAAGCAACCACUGAAAACAAAUGUAAUGAUGAUGAUUUAUUUAAUGUUGAAUCUGAAUCUAAUAAUAAAUUUAUUUCAAGUUUAAAUUAUAUUAAAAUUUCAAAACAAGGUAAACAAUUAUAUGGUCGUUUUCAAGAUAAAUUCCUUAGUGAUGGUAGACCAACUAUGUUGACAACCAAAUUAUUAUCAUUUGAUAAUGAAAAAGUAAUAAUGGUAAUUUCAUUACCACAUUGCGAAAACAAGUGUGAAUUAGAUCCUGACUUUUCUGUAUUGGUUUCACCAAAUUUCAAAUCAUCAGAUUCUUGUAUUUCAAAUAAUCAAAAUGGUGGUAAAAAUAAACCAUGGUUAAUUCCAGUUGCUGUGGUAAUUCCAAUCGUUGGUGUUUGUUUAAUUGCUGUCAUAGUUAUUAUAAUUAUUAAAAAGAAUUCAAUCGCUAUUAAAAUUGGUUUAAAUAGUAUUUCAAUGAAAAGAAGAUAA